AUGGUUUCUGGAACUCACACAAAAGGACUUGAUUUGCUAGAUCCCAAGCCAUCUAUAGGUUCUCUAUUGGAAACAUUAUUAAAUCUAAAUGCUUCAAAAAUAAAUUCAGAAGUAUGGACAAGUAGUGAAAACAAUACAAAUGUAGCUGAGACUGCACAUUCCUUAGCAAAUCAUGAAGGAAAACAACUUAAAUUGAAAAAAAUGACACUUAAAGAAUGUGAACUUCAAAUUCUUGCUCAAGCAGUAACUAGAAGAGCUUUGGCUGAAGCUGAGGCUCUAGAAUUGGCUAAUUUAGAGAAAAAAAGGCAUUAA